AUGAUCAGAACUAUUCUUGUCGCUGCUUUGUUCUUUGGCCUCCAGGACGACACUUCUCAUCUUGCCACGUACGUUUUGACCUCAGAGGGGGUAUGCUGUCGGAUUAUGACAGAUACCUCCUCACUUGCCGUUACGCCUUCGACCGCGGAUCCGUAUCCGGUCACCGUCCCUCUACUCUCUCCUGCCAUCAGCGGUGUCGUUUCUGACUCGGCUGUUCCAGAGGACGAGGAGCCGUACACCAUCAAAUGCAUCUGUGCAUUUACCGAUGAUGAUGGCAACACCGUUUUCUGCGAAAAAUGCGAGACGUGGCAGCACAUAGAAUGUUACUACCACGGCCGGAGCGUGCCAGAUGUCCACAACUGUGUAGACUGCGAACCGCGGCCUGUGGAUGCCAGGCGCGCCACGGAGCGACAGAUACGGCUCAGAGAGCAGGGCGACGGCAGUGACCGGAAAGCCAAGCGGUCGGGGGCGAAGAGCCAGCGAAAGAAGGCGAGAGACUCGCAUGAUCAGACCAACGGUUUUCACCACCGAUCUGAAUCUAGCACCCGGGAACAACCGCCACCAAAGAAGGCCAAAACCAGCCAUCGCGCCUCGGCCUCGGUCAGCUCUCUCCCAGGAACCAUCUCUGUCCCUGAUACGCGAAAACGCUCUACCCAUCUUCAGAGCCCUGUCAAAUCAUCAGGUCCUUCGAUUCCUUUGUAUUCCAGUGAAUUCUUACAUCGCUAUGAGCAGGACCAAGGCCAUGCAGACAUGGACAGUAACCUAUUUGUCAGCUUACCUCUUGCGGCCGAUCUGGCUUCUUGGGUAACGGAUGCGAAUGCCCUGUCUCGCGUUUCGCAUGGACGUCCUGCACGGGAGAUCUUUACCUGGUCGGAUGCCGCCCUGGACCGGUCGCGAUGGCCGACUCUAUCGACUGAGUUAAUUACUGAUCCCGAUAUCGACAUCGAUGGCCAGCAUCCGACCUGGAAAAUCCUGAAAACCCAGGAUGCUGUGCGCAAAGAUGAGAUUGUUGGUGAGGUCAAGGGCAAAAUUGGUCUGCUCCGAGACUACUGCCUCGAUCCCAGCAACCGCUGGCAAGAACUUCGCCAUCCAGAACCUUACGUUUUCUUCCACCCGCAGCUUCCGAUCUACAUCGACAGCCGACAGGAAGGCACCCUGCUCCGGUACGUACGACGGUCGUGCCGUCCUAACGUCACUAUGAAGACGUACAUCACCAAUGAAGUAGAAUAUCACUUUUGCUUUGUUGCCAAAGAGGACAUCCCGGCUAAUUCUGAGAUCACUGCCAUGUGGUACCUCGAUCCUCAACUUUUUGAGUCGGCCAACGGCCUUGUCAAACAGGAGUCUACCGACAGCGCCCAAGAUGUAGCAGCCAUCUGCCUCAGCAAUGUUCUGGCUCAUUUUGGCGGAUGUGCGUGCGUCUCUGACUCUCCUCAAAAUUGCCUCCUCUCGAGCAUCGAUCGUCGACGGCACCCGAAAAUUGUUGAUGUGGGCUCCAAGCAGGUAAAUGGGAAAAAGAAGAAGACGAGGAGCAAAUCCACCAAUUCCCCUGUAGGCUUUGGGCGAACCGCCCACGGUCGUGAUGGCAGUGAAGGUACAAAGAACGUGUACGAUGAUGAUCAAGCGGAGAGCCGAUCUGCCUCCGGUUCUACUCAAGGUCGCAGUCGAGAUCUCACGCCGACUUUGCAAAAUCCCAACGAUCUCAUUCUGGGAGAUUCUGAACUUUCGGCACGCGAUAAACGGAAAAUCGCAGCCGCAGAGAAGAAAUUUCAACAGUUGGAACAGGAUCAACUGGCAAUGCAGCGGAAGAAGAAGCGGGGUAGUCAUCAGUCUGCGCAAACGACACCAAUAACGGGGAGUUCAACGCAGACCAGUUAUUUCGGAAAUCAUGGUGCGUCAUCCAAAUCGAUUUAUAUUGAUACUGUCUCUGGGCACCAUAAGUCUCGCUCUCCGCCAUCUGUGGUUUCUCCCACGUCUACGUCGGCUGCCCGCCGUGCUUCUCGGAAGACGUCUGCUUCUAGCGCUCCGAGUAUGCAGGUACCACUUGGACUGCGCCGGUACGUCGAUUCUGCGACGCAGACCGAUCUUGAUGAGAACGAUCCGCCAUUCGUUGCGCCUGCUCUGCCACGCAAUCGACCAGUAUUUGCCUCCCUAACUCAGCGGCUACUAAAACGCUGUCACGAAGAUCGUGUCAAACUCCAAGAUCUACAUUUGCAACCCAAAUUAGACUCCGGCCUCCCCAAUGGUAAGGGCGUGCAUCAUCCAGCCUCGCCUGGUGCGUUGGAUCAGAAGGAAGAUGAUGUGGAGAUGAAGGAUGCGAUGUCACCAGAAACAUCACAGCCACAGUCAAGUGGGUCUGGAAUUGGGGACACUGUCAAACCUGCAUCUGGGACAUUUGGGUCGAAACCGCCACUACCACCUCCGUGGCCCUCUACUGCCGCGCAUAACGCCAGAAUACCCGGCGCAGGUGCGAACCGUCAUACUGAUGUCCGUAUCCCUCUCCCAUUGUCAACUGCUCCAAUACCCUCCUCUGCGCUUUCUACGGAGACAGUCACUCCAACAGUCGUCCAGUCACCUCCGUCCGCGGAUGCUUCAUCGCAUCCCGGUUCCCAAGGUCCGGGUUCCACCAUGACUGGGCCGAGCCCUGUCAAGAAGAAACUCAGCCUAGGGGACUAUAUCCAAAAACGAUCCCUAGCCACCCCUACGAGUGAGAAGCCCCAGUUCCCCGCAAAUGCCAUGCCUCCACCGCAGAAGUCGCCUUCCCAUUCGCAACUGAACAAUAGUUCCCCUUCAUCUGCUAAUAUCCCGCGGACUGAGGUCAAACCUGGGGAAGCCAACAGUACCAAACAAGGUGGUUCGGUUUCUCUGGAUGUACCUAUGAAGGACGCGCCCGAGCCGACUCAUCCUUCGCAUGUUACCUCUGUCUCUUCCUAA